AUGGAGCGCCCUUUUGAUGUGCUGCUUUGCAAUUUGAAACAUCACCCAGAACUUACUUUCACCUCGAGUGAACGUGCUUCUUUCCUCGCCCCUGACCAUAGCCCUGUAUCGCCGGGUGUCAUCGGACAAGCAGGCCUCCCUCCUCAAUGCGGAGUCAAGAAUGCGAAGGGGAUAUGGAAGAUGAAGCGCGUGUGGGUCGGGGAGGGUGAGGGUGAGGAGGGAGAGAGCGAGGCUGUGAAAAAGGAACUUUUCGAAGGCUACUUCUCUUUCAGCAUCAGCUACGACCAGAUGUACAGAAAAGCAGGUCAUGGGAGCGGAUCGACGUGUCGGUUUGCGUUUUGGGGUGUUAGAGCGAUGAAGGAUAAUACGGGAAAGGAGAUCGGGAUAGGCCCAGGGAAGGGGAUUGGAGCGGGAAUGAGGAAAGGGUCGGGGUGGGGAUGA